AUAGUACGUCAAAACGCUACACAGCGCGUGCGCGCUCAACAUCACGCACGUAACAGAUUUACGACGUCAUCACGCUAGUCUGUGAAGCAAGAGAGAGUAUCGGGCAUGAUCGAGCAUAAUAAGUAACGACCCGAGUUCAGCAGAGGAGCCCGGAGCGAAGGUGAGGUAUAAAUGACCUUUCGAUAUGUGUUACAGAGACAGACGGUGUUUGUAACGCUGUUGUUUACUGAUAAACGCGCAAAUCAAGUGUGAGCUCGAGCUGGAGCAGGACAGUAUGUUGCCUGAUAAAGAUGGACCGAACGGAGGCGGAGGAGUCCAGGGCGGCCCCGGGACAGAAGACCCUUCGGUGACCCUGUUCAGAGAAUACCUGCGGCUGAAGACUGUCCACCCUGAGCCCGACUACGAUGCUGCUAUACGAUUCCUGGAGCGGAUGGCAGAGGAGCUGGGUUUACCCAUGAAGAAAGUGGAGGUGUGUCCCGGUCGGAUCAUUGCGAUCAUCACAUGGGUGGGCAGCAGGCCGGAGCUGAAGUCUGUUGUGCUGAACUCACACACUGAUGUGGUUCCGGUUUAUGAGGAACACUGGAAAUAUGAUCCGUUUGCUGCUGUUAAAGAUGAGCACGGCAACAUCUACGGCAGAGGAUCUCAGGAUAUGAAAUGUGUCACGAUACAGUACAUUGAAGCCAUUCGCAGACUGAAGGCGGCUGGGAAGAGAUUUUCUCGCACUAUCCAUUUAACUUUUGUUCCAGAUGAGGAGGUCGGUGGUCACAAAGGAAUGGAGACGUUCGUGAAGCAUCCUGAAUUUCAUAAGCUAAACAUUGGUUUUGCCCUUGAUGAAGGUUUAGCUAAUCCAACCAAUGCCUAUACUGUCUUCUACGGCGAGAGGAAUCCCUGGUGGAUCACAGUUCGCUGUCCAGGAAGUCCAGGUCAUGGUUCAAGGUUUGUGGAGAACACAGCAGCAGAGAAGCUACGGCGAGUUAUAAACUCUUUCCUGGAGUUCAGAGAGAAAGAGAAACACCGGCUGAACACCAAUGAGUGUUUCACUCUGGGUGAUGUCACCACUGUUAACAUGACGAUGGUGAACGGGGGCGUGGCCUACAAUGUGGUUCCAGCAGAAAUGGAUGUCAGCUUUGACUUGAGAAUCCCACCCACUGUUAACCUGCAGGAGUUUGAAGAGAAGAUAAAAGUCUGGUGUAAAGAAGCUGGUGAGGACGUGACAUAUGAUUUUGCACAGAAACACAUGGACCAGAAUUUCACAUCCACGGAGGAGAGCGACCCCUGGUGGCACGCGUUUAGCUCUACCUGCAAAGCCAUGAACGUGACUUUGAAAAAGGAAAUCUUCCCUGCUGCCACAGACAGCCGCUUCAUCAGGGAAGAGGGUCUUCCUGCCAUUGGUUUCUCACCGAUGAAUCUCACUCCCAUCCUGCUUCACGAUCACAAUGAGUAUCUGAAUGAGCAGGUGUUCCUGCGGGGCAUCCAGGUGUACGAGCGUCUGCUCCCGGCUCUGGCCAGCGUGCCGCCUCUGAGCGGAGAGGUGUAGAGGAUCUCACUCCUCCUCUCCUGCUUCAGUCUCUCACAGCUGCUUCUGCUCCCUGCUGUUCAGAGUGCGGAGCUGAUUUCCACACAUAUCGACAAAUGUUUCUGCCAUGACACCAAAGAAUGGGCUGAUCCCAUAUAAUGAAGAUCACCGUUUAUGUUUGCUUUAAUUAACUCAGGAGCUGCUUUCUUUUAAUAACGUCUUAGAAAUGCUUUUAAGUCUUAUUUGUUAGCUGAUAUUCAUAUUUAGGAGCUGAUAUGAACUCUUUUAAUUCAUAAAGUGUAAAUUAGGCAGUUUGUGUCUCAUAUAUGAAGAAAAAAAUAUUUCAGAGAUUGAAACUGUAUAGCUGUGCUUGCCAUAGAUGCAUUAUAUUUUUUAAUACAAAUGAUUUUGAUGCAAACGUGUAGUUAUGUAUACUGAAAAUGCAUAUGGGUCAUUGAUUGAUUAUUAUUAAGACUUAUACUGCACAAUAACUACAGUUAGAAUGAGUUACAUUUCAUCAUUUCAUGUUUUAUGAUUUUUUUUAAGUUACCUCAAACUUUUUUUGACACAAGUCAAAAUCGAUGUGGUUGACUGGUGCUACUUUGUCCUCCUGACUGAAAGGUUAAAGGGUAGUGUAUAUCAAAUCUAUCUGAAGUGAUUAGUAUUAUUAUUUUUAUUACAUGGAGACUGACUUCAAAUAAUAAAUAAUAUAGCUUUAAAGGUUUAAGGUGUAUUUUUUGGAUGGAUGGACAGAUAGAUAUUGUGAUGUGUCAUUUAGGAAACACAAAUAACAUUUUUACACUAUGCAAAAUUAAAGAAAAUACAGGUUAACUGGAAACAGACAAUAAAACAAAACAAUAUAUUUUUUUAAAUGCACGUCACAUGUCUCUGUCAACCAUGAUGUUAAAGGGGUCAUCGGAUGCCCAUUUUCCACAAGUUGAUAUGAUUCUUUAGGGUCUUAAUGAAAAGUCUAUAAUAUUCUUUGGUUAAAAAUUCUCAAUGGUUGUGUAAAACAACACCCUUUUUACCUUGCCAAAAUCAACUCUGCAAAAAUCAUCUCAUCCUAAGGGGUUGUUCCUUUAAAUGCAAAUGAGCUCUGCUCGCCCCGCCCCUCUCUUCUCUCUGUGGAGUGACGAGCCUGUUUACUUUAGCCUCAUUUGAUCGUGUUUAGCCACUAAACUUGCUAACUAGCACGUUAUUAGGAAAGGCGAUCGCAAAGAUUCAGAAAAAAAACCCUUAUACUCACUUCUGCUGUAA